ACUUCCACAUCAGUUAAAAAAAAUGUAAAAAAUGAACUCUCACAUCUUAUUUCUUGUAGUAAGCAUUAUAACUUUAGCUAAAUAUACUUUUUCUGAAGAUGAAGGAAGUUACACCUUUCUUAACACAGUUAGAUAUCCAUAUUCCGCGUAUUAUGAUCCUUUCAUGGGGCUUAUUAUAGCACUAGCAAUUAAACUCACUCCUUCGGAAAUAGAUGCAGAUUUAGCUUGGAACAUUGAGGCUAAUUAUUUCUUACCUCAAAAUGAAAGUGAGUACACUUUUCCUCCUUUGGUGCCGAGUGAAUCUACUGAAAGACAGUUUUUUGAAAGGUCUAUGCUUUAUAAGAUAUUCGAAAUGGAAUUAGAUGCUUUUAGUGAGAAACAUGGUGGAAAAAACUGUUUUUUACGUAUUCUAUGCGAGAUGGCAUGUUACUCAACCAAGGACAGUGAUAUUUUAGGAGAUAUUAUCCAUAUACUAUUAAGCCCUUCUUCCUCAGUCGAUAAAAAGAUGCCACACAGAUAUACCGAUGCAGAGAACUAUGGUAAAAAGAAUAGCCACUGCAAGAAAUACGCUAUAAAAUGUCCCAUAAAUAUAUUAAACUUUUUCACUGUGUUAGGAGAUAUUUUAGAAAAUAAAUAUAUCGGUUAA